GGGAGGUGUGGGAAAUACUGUCAGCCGAGUUUUCUCUUGCAUAUUGAAGGCAACAGCAUGUCCUCCCUCCCUGGGCACAUUGGUUUGGAUACAGCCACCCGUACAUUGGAGUCAGAAGAAAUUGCAGAGCUUCAACAAGCAGUGGUUGAGGAGCUAGGUAUCUCUAUGGAAGAACUUCGGCAGUUCAUCGAUGAAGUGCUGGAAAAGAUGGACUGUGUACAGCAGCGCAAGAAGCAGCUAGCACAGUUGGAGACAUGGGUGACACAGAAGGAAUCAGAGGUGGCCCAUGUUGACCAGCUCUUUGAUGAUGCCUCCAGGGCACUGACUAAUUGUGAGUCUGUGGUAAAGGAUUUCUACUCCAACUUGGGGUUACAAUACCGAGACAGUAGUUCUGAGGAUGAAGCUUCCCGGCCUACAGAAAUCAUUGAGAUUCGUGAUGAAGAUGAUGAUGUCCUCACCAUUGACUCAGGAAACCUGACAUAA